AAAACAAACAAGAAUUUCUCAAAUCCUUAAUCCCUGAUACCUACGAAGAUUUAUACUUCCGAAUAAUGCAUUCUUUAAAUACUAAAUAACUACUCGAUAGCAAUGACUAAUAAUUGAUUGAAAAGAUUAAAUAGAAAUACUAAGAAGGAGUAAAAGAAAGCACUAAACUUCACAAGUUAGAAUUUAUAAAUUAAUUAAGAAUAUUAGACUCACCUUAAACUACCUAAGACCAAAAAAUAUAGGCUUUAAAACAACUUUAACUAUAUUUAGAAAUCGAGGAAGAUUAGAAUUAUGAAUUAAAUCCUAAUUAAGUAAAUAAAAUGAACGAAAACGAUUCUUUAAGCAAACAAUAGUAUGAAAGUGUUUUUGAUAACAGAAUAAUUAACUUUAAUAAUUUUCUAGAAACUUGUUACGGAAAUCUUAAUAAUUUAUAAAAAAUAAAGCCUAAUUUCCUAUUACGGUUAGAUGUAUAAAAGCUACUUAAUAAUUCCUAAAAAAAUGAAGAAUAUGUAUAAAUACUUAAAUAUUAUUUAGAAAAUAUUCCCUGUCUUCACCAAAUUAAUAACAUAGUCCAAAUUUACAAAGCAAUUAUCGAAAAUCAAAAUAAAAAGGAUACUCCUUAUAUACUUAAUUAUGAUAAAUUAAGUUUAUAAUAAUUAGAAGAAAUAGGUAAAUAAAUGAAAGAUGUAGUUCUUAAUUAAACUGAGUUUUACUCUUCUUAAUAUAAGAAAUUAUUCUCAAUACAUACAUAGAAGCUUGAUAAUUUUUAAGAUUUAGACUUGAAAUAAAAAAAGAAAAAAAAGAUGUACUUUCUAAAGCUUAUGAUUGGUGUAAAAAAAACCUUCCUUUAUAUAUGAGUUCAUUUAAAGAUUAAAUUUUAUAUGAAAUUCUUGUUUUAAGUUGUGAUUUAUAAGAUUAUAAUUAAUAACUUUUUAUUGAAUUCUUAUAAAAUCCUCCAUAAAUUAAAUAUCCUUGCACAAAUCAAUAAUAGAAAUUAUAUGAUAAUAGAAAAUAUGAUUAUCGUUCUUUUUAAGAUAUACAUUGCUUAAAUAUAAGUAAAUGGCCUUCUUAAAUAAAAUUAAUAACCGAAUAUUUAAGAUUUUACUUUAAAAAUGCUAAAAAUGCCAAAGACUAUGAAAAAUAUAUAGCUGAAUCUACCCUAAACGAAAUUUUCUACACUGUGAAAAUAUAAAAUGGAGAAACAGAUUAUAUUUAAAAAGCUAAAGAUCUAUUAGGCGAAGAUCGCAUUUAAAAUCUAAUUAACGAACGCUCAAUUUUUAUAAGAAAUAAAAAUUAUUAUUUUUCUUAAAAUGAGAAGGUUGAGUUAUUUGUAGAAACGAAAAACAUUUAAAAUUUAAAUGUUAAAUUAUUUGAAAUACGAACAGAAAAUUACUAUAUUAAAAAAAAAGCUGCUUUUGAUAAUUUAAUAUCUUUAGAUGGAUUAAUUCCUUUAGAUUAAUAAUAAUAUAAUUAUAAAGAUUAACCUCAUUUAAAAAUUUUAAGAACUUUUAACUUCGAGAAAUUAUAAUAGGCUAAAAGAGGUAUUUUUAUAGUUGAAUUUAUUGGAAAUUCUAUUUCUUCACGUGCUGUUAUUAAUAAAGGAUUUUUAAGUUAUCUUGAAAAUAAUACAAUUGCUGGAAAAAAAUUAACUUUAAUUGAUGAAAAUUAAAAUAUAUGUAAACCUUAAUAAAACAAAAGAACAGGAUUAUGGUAUGGAGAUAGAUUCCAUGAAGCAAACGAAAAUGGAUAAGUAAUGAUUCCUUAUAAAUCAUAAGCUUAAUCAUGUCAAUUAAUUCUAGUUCAUGAAGAUUAUGCUGAAUUAAUUUAAAAUUUCUAUAUUUAAAGUGAGGAAUAUGCAUUUAAAUGUACCUAUAUGUAUAACCAAGAAUAGUUUUUACAAGGAAAUAAAGCUAUAAUAUCAAUUUAACCAGUCUUAGAAAUAAAUAACGUGGUAUGCAAUCCUGAAAUAAUCGAAGAAUAAAUCGUAAAAGUACAUGUUUUAAAUUAUUAAAAUAUCCCAAAUACAUUCGAAUUCAAAGACAUAAAAUUUGACCAUAAGAAAUAAUUAGAAAUAAGUUUCCCUGUAUAAUCAAUAUUGAAAAGUGUAAAAAUCGAAUGUGAGGGAAUCAUUACAAAAAUGGAUUAAAAAAAAUAAAAAGUUUAAAAUUCUAAAGAAAUCACUUUCGAAUUACACUAAGAUCCUGAAAAUUAACUAUUUAAUUCAUAUUUAAAAAAUACAGAAAAACAAGGCUAUAUAGUUUAAAUUUUGGGUAAAUCUGGAUAAGGAAUUCCUUAAUUACCUAUCGAAGUUUCACUUUAACAUCAAAGAAUUAAUAAUUAAGAUUUUAAAUAAAUCUUAUAAACAGAUGAUAAUGGAAACAUUGUUUUAGGGCUUUUGGAUAAUAUAUAAUCUUUGUAAAUUAAAAGCUUAUGUUUUUCGGAUCAAGAUAAUAUUUAAUUAGAAAUGAAAUGGAAUUUAUGCACUAAUGGUAUUAGAUUAGAGUUCCCAUAAACUAUUAUUGUUAUUGAAGGUGAAACUAUUUAAUUACCUGUUUCUAAUAUUUAAUUGAAUAAGUAGAAUUUCUGUUUUUAUUCUGGAGAAUUAAAUACUUAUCCGGAAAUCGUAUAUUAAGAUAUGUAUGAUUGCUUAAAUGUUAAAAAUAAUUUCCUAGAAAUUAAUUAACUUAAGGAAGGUAAUUAUAUCUUGAAGAUUCUCGAAUAUUCAUAAACUAUUCUCAUUUAAGUUAUUAAAGGAAAAUAUUGGGAUAAAAAUUCUAAUUUUAUUAUUUCAGAAGGAUCAUUUUAAUAAGUAUUUAUACAUAUAUUUGUAUUUAUUUAUUAAUAUAUUUUUUAUACAGAUUUAAAAAUAUUCAGAUUAUUGUAUAUUAUGAUUAGUUUAAAUAUUCCUAAAUAAUUGAAAUAGUAUUAAAAAGAACAAUUGAAAGUAUAAGUUUUAGCUUAUAAUUUUAUGCCUCAUAAACCUUAAGAUUAUGUCAAUAAUUUAAGAUAGAGAUCUUUUAAAAACUUAAAUCAUACAUAUUUAAAAUAAUAAAAAUCUGUUUUUUUCAAUAAUAAAUAAAUCGGAGAUGAAAUCUGUUAUGUUAUUAAUCGUUAAAAUGAGAAAAAAUUAAUUGGAAAUACAUUAGAAAAACCUUGUAUUUUAUUAAAAAAAACAUUUAAUUAAGAAACUGUUUUCGAAAAAGAAGAACUUAAUUAAGGUGAAGAUUAUCAGUGUAAUCCACCACUAUUUUCAGCUUAAAGUGGUGGUAUGUAAUGUAUGAGGUAAUAAUGUUGUUAAAAAAAUUUUAAUGGUAUGAAUCAAUAUCAAAUUGAAAAUUGUUGUGCAAUAAAAAAAUAAAUCUAAUAUGGUGAAAUCGAUAACUUUUUUAAUUUCCUUUCUGUCCCUUCUUUCUUUGCUACAAAUUUAGAAAUUAAUGAAGAUGGUAGUGUUAUUUUAAGCGAUUUCUAAUGGAAAAAUUAUUCAACUAUACAGGUUAUUGUUUCUAAUUUAAACGUUGCUAUAAGUGAUAUUUUCCCUAUACAGCAAGAACUUACUCCCUUCUAAGAUUUAAAACACUAAUAAUAAUCAAAAAAAGAUAAAUUCUAUGUAGAAACCUUUAAUGCUAAAAAUCUAAAUAAAGGAGAAUAAUUGAUAAUAUCAGCUGAUAGUUAGAGUGUAAUAGUAAGUACAUUAGGCGAAUUAUUCGAAUUGUAGAAAUAAUUAUCAAAAGCAACACGAAACACUGAUUCUUAUAAUGGAAGAGAAUAUGGCUUUUGGUCUUUCGUAAAAGAUUGGCAUUAAUUAAACUCAAAUCAAAAAUUGUAAAAAUACAAUGAAUUUUCAUGUCAUGAGUUAAAUUUAUUCCUUUAUUUUAAGGACAAUGAAUUUUUCUAAAAAGUAGUUUAACCAUUUUUAAUUAAUAAAAUGUAAAAAACAUUCCUUGACUACUUUUUAUUAAAUGACCUUAAUGAAAUUUUCAAAUACUCUUCUCCAGAAAAAACAUAGGAAUUAAAUAUUCUUGAAUAGUGUUUAUUAUUAUUAUCUUUAGUGUAAAAUAAUCAUAUUUAAAGUGCAUAAAUACUCUUAAUUUCUCUCAAAAACAAAUUCUAAUCAAAAUCUUUAACAUAAAAAAACACUGAAUUAUAAAAAAAACUUUAUUUAACAAUUAUCUAAUGCCAAUAAUAAAAUUAAAACCUCGAAUAAGAUUAUUAAAAAGUAUAAUUAUUUUCCAGUUAAUAAAAUUGCUUUGCUAUAGCUAAUGAAAAAAUGAUUAAUUAUUCGUAAAAAACUUAAAAUAAAUAAAUGGAACCAUUAAAAGCGAGUGAUAUGAUGAGUAUGAAUAUGGGUAUUUAAUAAAAAAUGUAAAUGAAAUCGGAUAUGCAUAUGGAAUAGGAAGAAUAAGAAGGAUAAUGUCUUUCUGAUUCCAAUGAUUAUGAGGAUUAUGAUGAUUAUGAUGAUGGUGAUGGUGAUGGUGAUGAAUAUUAUUAAUCAAAAUUAAUAUAAUAACGAAAAUAAUACAAAGUAGGGUAUUAGAAACUCGAGAAGACAAUUGAAUAUAUCGAAAGACAUUAUUAUGAUGACAAAAAUAUUGACUAAUAUAAAAAUUUAGUUCAAAUAAAUUAAUUUUGGGUCGAUUUUGCUUCCUAUAUUUUCUAAAAAAAGAGUGUUUAAAAUUUCGUUUCUGAAUCUUUUAUUUAUGCAGUUUAGAAUCAUGUUGAAUUAUUAGCAGUAGUCUCUUUAGUUGAUUUUUCGCAUAAAGAUUCCAAUAUAUAUAACUUGAAUAUUUAACCAGGAAGGAAAAUCCAAAUUUAGGCAAAUAAUAAUAUUGUCGUUUUCUAAAAAUAAAUUACUGAAAGCGCCGAAAUAAAUAAAGGAUCAGUCAACAUUAUUUAAAGAUUCUUUGAUCCUUAAGAUAGAUUUGGAAUAAUGAAAGAAGAUCCAUCAGUUAAAGUAGAAAAAGACGUCGAUGAGUAUAUUAUCAAUAAAGUUUAUGGAUGUUAGCUUAUUAUUAGUAAUAUUUCUAUUACAGCAUUAAAUUUAUCUGUUUUGUAUGAAAUUCCGGAAGGAGCUUUACCAAUAAAUGCUUUUGAAUAUAUAAAAACUUAAGAUGUUUAAUUAGAAUCUUAUUAAACUAAAAAACUUGAGUUUUUCUUCUAUUUCCCUGAGGUGGGUGUUUUUGGUAUUUAUCCAAGUAAUGCUUCUAGAAAUGGAGUUAUUUUAGCCUAAGCUAAUGUUAUUAAUAAUUUUGAUGUGAAGAAAAAAAGAAGUGUUUAAAAAAUGGAAAAUCUUUCAGAUAUUUUAAAUAAUGGAUCAAAAAAAGAUAUUCUAUCAUUUGCUUAAAAAUCUAAUUUAUAUAAUAAAGAAGAAUUUAAUAUUUCUAAAAUUAUGCAUAUAAUCAAAUAAGACAAAAAUUUCUUUUUGGAAAUAAUAAAUAUUUUGAAAAGCUAAUAGCUAUUUAUUGAAUAAGUUUGGAAUUUAAGUUUCCAUCAUUAAUAUUUGGAAGGUGUCAUAGAACUUUUUAAAAACCAGUAAUUUAUAAAAUCCUUAAAAUAACCCUUUAAUACAAUCUAUUAUUUAAAUUCAACUUAAAUAAAAAUUGACUAAUUUAAUUAAUUUGAAUAUCAUCCUCUAUUAAAUUCGAGAGUACAUAAUUUCAUGAACUAAUCCAAGAGUAAAAUCCAAAAUAAGCAAUUUAAAAGUACUUAUGACAAUUUUUUAAAAUAUUUGGCUCAUAUUCCUGUUUUAAAUGAAGUUCAUUAUUUGACUUUAUGCUAUUAUUUGAUUCUUUAAGAAAGAGUGGAGGAAGCUAUAAGUGUUUUCAAUAGAAUAGACUUUAAUAAAAUUUAAACUAAUUAAACAGCCAGGAUUUAAUAUGAUUACUUUAAUGCUUAUUUAGAUAUCUAUACAGGAUUCCCCGACUUUAAAAAAGCAAGAGAAAUUAGUUAAUAAUAUGUUAAUUAUCCAAUCAUUUCUUGGAAAAAUCUAUUUUAGGAAAUUAACAAAUAACUUAUAGAAUAUGAUGGAGGUUAAAUGGAAAUCGAACAAGAAGAAGCUGAAUAAGGAUAAUUAGGAAGAAAUUUAAAUAAUAGUGAUAAAGAUUAAGAUAUUAAUAUUUAAAUAUAAAAUAAAUAAAUUUUAAUUGAAUAUUAAAAUGCUGAAUAAGCUGAAUUAAAUUUCUAUGAAAUUGAUCUUGAAAUAUUAUUUUCUACUUAACCCUUUAUUUAAGAAAAUCGUAGUAGGGAAGAAUUUACAUUCAUAAAACCCACAUUUUCAUAAAGGGUAUAAUUUGAAAAGACAAAUAAUAGGGAAGCAUUGACUAUUCCAAUACCUGAUCAUUUAGUUAAGAAACAUCUUCAUGUUUAAUUAAUUACAUCUAAUAAAGUCAUAGAUACUAGUUAUUUCUCAUCUUCUUUAAAAGUAAAUCUUAUUGAAAAAUAUGGAUAAGUAAAAGUCCUUGAUGAAAAUAAUAAACCCCUUUCUAAAGUAUAUGUAAAAUGUUUUGCUAAGUAAAAAAAUGGCGAAGAAAUUUUCUAUAGAGAUGGGUAUACUGAUUUGAGAGGAAGAUUUGAUUAUGCUUUAAGUAGUGCUAAUGAAAUUGAAUAAGUUAAUUUGUUUGCUGUUCUUAUUUGUAGUGAAGAACAUGGGGCUAUUAUUAAAACUGCUAAACCUCCUGUUACAGGUGGUAGAAUGGAAAAAACAUUAUGAGGAUAUUUAUUAUCAAGUUUAUAUUUAAAAUAUAUAUAAUUUUAGGUUUUAUAUAUUUUAUUUUUACCGUAAAAAUUCUAUAAUUUUAAUUUUAACUAUUUU